GCCCCUGUUCUUUGCCUCUGGUUUUGUUGGUGAGGAUAUCACAGUGAUGUCUGCAUUCAACCUGCUGCAUUUGGUGACAAAGAGCCAGCCAGUGGCCCUGCGAGCCUGUGGGCUUCCCUCAGGGUCAUGUAGGGAUAAAAAGGACUGUAAGGUGGUCUUUUCCCAGGAGGAGCUGAGGAAGCGGCUGACACCCUUGCAGUACCAUGUCACUCAGGAGAAGGGGACUGAAAGUGCCUUUGAGGGGGAGUACACACAUCAUAAAGCUCAAGGAAUUUACAAAUGUGUUGUUUGUGGGACUCCUUUAUUCAAGUCAGAAACAAAGUUUGACUCCAAUUCAGGCUGGCCUUCCUUCUAUGAUGUGAUCAGUCCUGACGCAAUUACUUUCAACGAUGAUUUCUCCUAUGGGAUGCAUCGGGUUGAAAUAUCCUGCAGUCAGUGUGGCGCUCACCUGGGGCAUAUUUUUGAUGAUGGACCUCGCCCAACUGGCAAACGAUACUGCACAAACUCUGCUUCGUUAUCUUUCAAGCCAGCAGACAAGAACAACGCCGGAGAAGGCAGCAGUAACACCAGUCCUGCCCAAACAGGCAAAGCUGAGCUGUAGGAUGAAGCAAAGCCUGCAGCACUGAUCCCACACAGCUUACAAGGAAUGUUUCCUAAGUUGCCUGCUCUCUUAUAUCCUGAGAAUGUUUAAAUGUAUGAAAGCAUUUUGCACCAUCCUUCUUCUUCCUCACCUUUUCGAAACUGAGGCCUUGCCUGCCAGUGCAUUUACUAUAUUAUUGGAUUGAAAAAUGGCUUGACCUACUCCACGGGUUUUCUUUUCCUUUCUUUUAUUUGAGAUUGCUUUGGGGAAUCCUUAAAUAGAGAGACUUUGGCAUCAUUAGUUAUUAGUUUCUUAGUGCUGUGUUGCUCUAGGUUUGAACACUAUUCCUUUUUCUGUGGGAGAUGGGACUUUUGUUUACCUCCAGUCUAUAGGAAACUUCUGAGCAUAAGAAAAUCCUGAAUUCCUAGCACAUCUCUGCUUUGUUCUGACUUGCGAGGCAUGCAGCCUUUGGUCAUAUGUAUUCAGCCAUCUCCCAGCAUCAGCCGCACCCUGCAAAAACUUGUAGUUAUGGCUGUUCCUUCCCAACUGAGAGAGAUGGAUGAGAUGCAAAGCCCAUCCUUUGGCUAAUUGACUGCCAAAAUUCCAAGGGUGUGGUUCAAAGGAUGUAAACAUUGUCUCAGCAUCUGUUUUUCCCCUUUGUUUGGUAUUUUAAUCAAGGUUUUAACUAGUAAGGCUGACUUUUGUGGGCUACUAAUGAGGCUUUGUCUUUUUGUGAGGCCUGUUCAGCAACUGUAACUCAAAUCUCAACUAAAGUUGAA